AUGCCACGGAAGUUGAGAAACCCGUUUAGGCGGAAGCCUGUGCCGCAGUCCAACUCCGUGGACAAUUCUGUGCCAGGAGAGCAACCGAACCAAACUAUUGAAGGCUCCAAUCAAUCGCAACUAGUACCGUACAACGAGGAAAACGCACCACUAUCCAUUGCCUUCUCGGCGUCUGAUCCAGCACAGGAGCCUCGACCUUCAGUUCAGAGCUCGAGCCUUGGCCUGAAUGUGCUUUAUGAGCCACCUAGAACCAUAGACCCCAUCGCUGAUAUCGUCUUCGUCCAUGGACUUACAGGGGGUUCGUAUACUACCUGGAGGCAUGAGCGGACCGGAUUGUACUGGCCUCAGGAGCUUCUGGGCAAGGACCUGGGAGACGCUCGUAUAUUCUCGUUCGGAUACGAUGCAGAUGUUGUCAACUUUUGGAACCCUGCGUCAUCUAACAGAGUUGGCAACCACGCUGAAAAUCUGCUCGGAUCUCUUUCGCGUAUCCGUGGCCGAACAGAAUCAGAACAUCGGAAGAUCAUAUUUGUAGCUCAUAGCCUCGGCGGUCUUGUGAUCGAGAACGCCUUGUCCAUCUCAAGGGGCUCUGCCGAAAAACACAUCAAAUCGAUCGAGCAGCACACCAUCGCCAUUGCCUUCCUGGGCACCCCCCAUCACGGUUCUGAUUUGGCAGCGUGGGGCACGUUCGGUACGAAACUUUCGAGAAUUGCGGCGAGACCCAAUUCGGCCAUUAUCGAAGUCCUACAGCCAGGGUCGGAAAUGCUUGCAGUAAUACAGCAGGGCUUCCACAGCAUCCUUCGGAUUCGCAAAGAUGAAGGUGCAGAGAUUGCUGUUACGUGCUUCUUCGAAGAACUCCCGCUACGUGCAGUUGGCGAGGUUGUUCCGAAGCAUUCCGCCAUCAUACCCGGCUACAGUAGCUAUGGCAUCCACGCGAAUCAUGAGGACAUGACGAAGUUUGCAAACGCUUCCGACAAGGGAUACGAUGAUGUUUUCGGAGAGGUCUUCCGAUGGGUAAAAGCACUUCGCACACCUGUCGGGCAACUCGGCCAGCAUUUACAAGAGUACCUUAAAUCUUUAGAUCAUGAAGAUCUCAACGUUCGGCAAGAGAACGUUAAAGAUGCGCUCACGAAGACAUGUGAAUGGAUUUGGGACAGCCGCGGAAAGCUGUUCUCGAGCUGGUUUCUAUCGUCUGGAGGCUUGCUCUGGAUAUCCGGCAAACCUGGCUCUGGCAAGUCGACUAUCAUGAAAUACCUCUCCUUUAGUCAUGAAAGAUUUCACGAGCUAGCACGUCAGACCCAAGGCCGCCCUAGAGGCGCACAGCUCGUUAUCGCUACUUACUUCCUAGAUUUCCAAGGAAGUGCCUUAGCCAGAUCCGUGGAAGGCAUGAUGAGAUCGCUACUCCAUCAAAUUCUGAAGCAGCUGCCACAGUUGCAAAAGGCCGUUCUUCCCCACUUUGAAGAGAUUAGACAGACUCGCAAUGAAUUCGCAUGGCGACGCAGCGACCUCGAAAGAGCUUUCCAAAUGGCCAUGCAACGUGAGAGCAACUUCAGGUUCCUCGUUCUAGUUGAUGCGCUGGAUGAGUACCAAGGCGAGGAGGUCCGACUGGCUGAAUUCCUCACGGCGCUCUCCGAAACCUACCCACACAAGUUGCAUAUAUGCGUUUCUAGUCGAACAAGCGCGGAAUUGAAAGAUCAGCUUCGAAGAUAUCCGAACAUCUGUAUGGAAGAGGAGACAGCCCAGGAUAUCCAGCACUACGUCGUCAUCCAAUUUCAGAACAUGUUAUCGGGAAACGAGAGCUUCAAAAGACUUGCUGACUCAGUUAUACGCGCCGCAGAAGGCGUCUUCAUUUGGGUCAAACUGGUCUGCGAUGAGCUGCUGCGAGCUUGGAGAAGGGGUGAAGAUCCAGCCCGCCUUGAUCAACGCCUAGAAGGAAUGCCGAAGGAGCUCGACGCAUUUUACCAACGCAUCCUGGACGCACUGGACGCCGAGGAUCGUGAGGAGGCCAGGCUCAUGCUUAGUAUUGUGACCAGCGCAAUCCGACCGCUCAGACCCAUUGAGUUAAGAUUUGCUUUACAUCAUGCUGUUGGGCUUUACAAUGAUUUCAACAAUUCUUCACUAGCAAUAACUCGGGUUUUGGCAGUCUGUGGCGGCCUUCUGGAGCUCAAAUUGGGUAUAAAUCAUUCCACGGUCGAUUGUGAUGAAAAGGAGUUGCUUCAUGUUUACCUUACCCAUCGGACUGUAGGAACGUUCCUUGCAACUAGGCAGGGCAGUUUCCUAGACUUGGAUAGGAACAGGUGUACCGUCACUGGAGACUACCACCUCCUCAGGGCCUGCAUAAAUAUGCUGAUUUCACUGACCGAAUCCGAUUUGCCUUCAGCCUGGAGAGAGGCCAUCAGGUUGUCCAGCUCACUAGGAACCACCGCGGUCGAAUUUGUCCCCCUGAGUGAAUCACCUGAAUUUGUGUUUCCAAAGAUACCAUUUCUCGACUAUUCAAUGAAUCAGUGGGUCUGCCAUGCGCGGCAAGCGGAAGCUGACACCGAAGAGGCCCAAACUAUUCUUAGGCAUCUUUCAGCUUUUCGUUUCUGCCUUUGGCGACUCCUCAUGAUGUGGUCGGGGUACAGCUUCUACCACAAGGAGCUGGCCGAUGGGAUAUCGACACCAAUCACGCUGCUCGAGUAUGUCCUUUCCAUCAACCUCGAACUGUGCGCCAAGGAUUUGCUAUCUCUUAAUCCGUCUGACCAUCCAGAUGUCGCCGUGACCGAUGUCAACACCAAUGGAGGGAUUUUUCUCUUCGCCGUUGCAUACGGUGGUAGCUUCAAAUUAGCUCAAACUCUCUUCGAUAAAGGUGCCACCAUCUCUCGAUCACUGCCAUACGCUUGGCGUGCUCUUGUUCGAGCGAUACAUCUUGAACACCCCGUUCUUGCGCAGCUAUUCCUCCAGCAUGGUGCCGAUCCAAACGAGCGUGUGUUCUAUAACAAGGACUGCAUCGCCUCGCCUCUCCAAGUUGCCGUUGAUUCAGCUCAGCCGGAAAUGCUUAAAAUUUUAGCGGACUGGGGCGUUGACCUCAACGCAACGGUUGGUUUGUACUUUGGAUCCGGAACCGCCUUGCAGGCUGCUGUCGAAUAUGGGGAUCUUGAAUUGCUGAAGGCGCUUCUUGAUGCUGGUGCUGAUGUCAACUUUGUCGUACCUGAUUGCAUACAUGGCACUGUCCUUGCGGCAGCCUUGUUCAGGUGGCACUGCCAGCCGCACGGGUCUUCCCCUGCUAUGAUUGAGUUGCUGCUCCAAAGAGGCGCAGACCCUAACUUCAAGUCGGCGUGGACCAAACAGCCGCUCAUAUGGGACGAAAUCAAGAGGGACGACAUCAUGACAGUUAGCAAGCUGCUGGAGCACGGCGCCGAUGCCAACGCUGUGGGCCCGCAAAGACAUGGUCCGCUCUACUGGGUGCUUGCGGUCCAUUCAACAUCAUCGUUGUCUAAUGCGGGCGCCAUCGGUCAAAUCCUAUUGCAACAUGGCGCGAUUCUGAGUCCACAGGACCUGGUAAAACUGGCUUCUGCAGGGGUGUUACCGCAAAUCUUCACUUCUCCGUUUAACCACAAGCAGGCCUUUGAGGAAUUCUUAAAGCUUGCCAAAGGAGACACCCUCGAGCCGGUGCUGCAGCGGUUGUUUGUGAGCUAUGUUCGUGGUCGCCGCGCCCGACUGGACGACUGA